AUGUCUAAUAAGGGAGAAUCUUUAAAAUUCGGAUAGGUGAUCUCAAUAAGUCCAUUAGCCAAUUAAUCUCUUUUUGUCUAUAGCGACGGAUUAGUUAAAACGGAUGCCAAGGUAAUUGUAGAGAAAUAAGAUUAGUUAGUCGAAAUAUCGCCUGACAUAAUGGCUGCAGGUUCACUCUAUUACUACAGUUUGUAUAGAAUUUACCCUGAUUUCAUUACAACCAAAUUGCAAAUGGCUAUUAAUUUUAAAGAAGAAACCAUGCAGGAUGAUAAUUCAAAAAAAAUGUAGAAACUCAAAGAUCUUCAAACCAAAGUACAAAUCUGAACUUAACAAUAGAUUAUUGCAGAUUAUAAAUCGAACAUAGAUGUUUCAACCAAAUAUAAAGAUAAGCCAUUAUCCUUCAAUAAUUUAAUUUAGUUUAUGCAUGUAGCAACAAAUCGAUUUUUGUCUUUAUCUAGUAAGGAAGCAAAAGACGAAAAAGAAAACUUUCGCUUGGAACUAGUAGAAUAUCCUUCCUCAAAAACGGUAUUUCAAUUAUAACCUGCCUUCGUACAUUAAAAGGAAUCGAAUUCAGAAGUUUAUGCAGGCGAUAGUGUAUAUAUCAUGUGUGAUCACAUUUAUUUGGGAAUCAAGCCUAAAUUAAGGGCCACUCUUAAGUACGGUGUUAUGGAUACAUAUGAGUAUCUCUAGGAUAGAUCUAUCUAUGCAGUUCCCAAUUUAAAAUUGCUCAAGAAAAUGACAGACCAACUAGCACAAUAAUAAGAUGUCUUAGAAAUCACUCCAACUAUACAGAAAUUCUAGAAAGUAGCCAGCUUAGCAAAAGGGCAAAGCAUUCGAAGAUAAACAACAUGUAAAUUAGAGUGCUAAUUUAUAUAGUAAAAUAAGAGGAAGAAGUAAAACCUGUAGGGUAAACGAGUGAAGUCAAUAUUUCAUUGGAGCAUCAGAGUCCUUGGGUAUUGACGGUGUUCUGUAAUUAAAAUGACAAUGAACAAAUUAUAAGCUUUAAUGAUGUUAUAUGGAUUCAUCAUAUUGAAGAAAAUUCACUUUUAACUUUGGGGAGAAAUCAAGAUAAUGAACUAAUAAUUACAUUUUAGAAAUAGUCAAAUGAAUAAUAGAGCGAGUUUAAUGGAGACUCUAAUGGAAUGUUUCAAAUUGAAAACGAAGAUCUAAACAAAGGAGGAUUAGUUGAAUGGGGUUAAAGCCUAAGGUUGAGACAUUUCAUUCUUGGCAAAUAUUUAGCAAUAAAUUAUGAACCAAUAAAAUCAGGUUAAUUGUUGUUAUACUUAUCUGAUUAACCCACACCCAAUACUCUAUUCUAGUUUUUAGCAGUACCUACUAUGGGAUCCAAUGCAGUCAGCUAGAAAUAUGUCACUAAAGAUGCCUUUAUGAAAAUGAAGGCAGUGGGAAAAUCCUCAUAAUGGGUACAUCUAGAACAAAAAAAAAUUGUAAUUCUUAUCAUAUAUGUAUUAUUAGUUACAAGCAAAUAGCAAAUACAAGGACACUGUCGUUGAAGAAGAUAAAUCAGUUAUUGUUAUUAGAUUAACUGAUAAUACUGAAGAUGAUGACGUAUUGAAAUUGUACAAGGCAAAUUAUAGUGAUGUACUAGAAACAAACUUUCUAAUUACAGGUUUCCCAGUUCUUAGAAGAGGUUUAACUAAACUCAAAUCCAAUAAGGAUAUGACCAAGGAGGCUCAGAAAUAACAAAUGAUCAAAACUUAUAAGAAAUUAACCACUACAAUUGAAAAGUUAGAAAAAUUUUGUAAAAAUUCUUUAAUCAACACUUAACUUGAUAUAAAAAACACAAAAGUGGCUAUAUUAUAGAGAUAGAAAAUACUUAGAGAAUAAUACUUUAUUGAUCUCCUCAUAGAAAUUAUGAAAUAAAUCACAAACGAAGAUGAAUUAAGAUAAUAUAGUGAGUAUUAGUUAGCCCAACAUAAGGCAGCUUUAGAAAAGCAGACGAAGACUACAAUUGCUGUUUCUUAAAGAUCUCAUAUCGGUUCAGAUAUCAGUCCUUUAAGAACAAAAGAUUCGCAAAUAAAUUCUUUAAGUAUUGUAUGAUUCUAUUAUUUUCAGAUUAAAUUGCAGUUGGGAGAUCAGCAGCUAGUUAGUUAGUUUCAUCUCAUCAAAUCUAAUCUUAACAAAGAACUUAAGCAAGAAAAAAAAAAAUGGAAAUGGCAUUUUUAUCUGAAAAAAUGAGUGUGUUAAAAGUUAUAUAUCGAUUACUUAGAAGCAUUUGUUAGGACAAUCCAGAGAACUAAUUUUAUAUUUACAAAUUGUUUCCAAACUUUCUUUAUUAAAUCAAGUAUUUUAAGGAAGCAACUGAUUGUAUCAUAACAGUUCUUAGUGGUAAUGAACAAAUUUUGAUUAAUUUGUGUGAUCACAUUAAAUUAAAUGAGAAAUUAAAAGCUCGAUAAUAGGUGGAUAGUGAUGAGUCCUAAUUAUCAGAUGAAAUGGAUAUUCAAUUUAAUUCAUCUGCUGAUGAAAAGAAAAAUAUAUUAUUAUAUUAUAAAAAUUUGACAGAAGAUAGUUAAGGAUAAAGGAACAUUCAAUACUUAUAAUUUUUCAGAUGCAUAUGCAGAUUAAAUGACUAAAGUAUCUCUGUAAAUUAAGAAAUGAUAUUCAAAUUUAUCAAACAAAAUGAAAAUUUUAAAAGUUCUUUAUUUAUGCCAAUCAUCAUGUAAUUAUCGUUUAUAUUCUUAGUGAAUCUACAAAAAUGAAAAUAUGUGUUGAUCAAACAUAAAUUGCAUACAUUACCAGUAUCAAAGAGUAAAUAUUAAUACAUUAUCAUAGUCCUUUAAUUUAAAAUUAUUUAAUAGAAUAAUUAUUUUUAUAUGCAGAUUUGGCAUAUUAGCGAAACUUUUUGUGGAAAUCUUAUUUGGAACGUAUCUUUCCGACCCAAUUUGUAUUUAAUUAAAUUUUUGACGAAGACAAAGAUUAAGGCAAGUAAAGUUUAGGAAAUUCUGAUUAAGUUUUUGACAAAUCAAUGUAAAUCAAUUAUAAGUCAGCAUUCUGCAACAUGGCAAUCACAAGUAAUAAAUCACUAAAUUCUAGUAUUUGUCGAUCAUGAGCCCUUCAACAAAGCAAUCGUUCCAAACUUAUGCAGAUUAUAUACAGAAACCAAACCAAUUUCAAAAAGUGUUUAAUCAACUAAUAAACUGACCAAAUUAGCAUCCACAUAUACUCCUCUAGUUGACAAGACCUUUAAAUUUUUAAAUGAACUUUAUGAUUAAAUAAAUCAAGAUCUAGAUUACAAAAAGGAGCAAGCAAGAUCAAAAGGCUAAUUAAUAAACCAAGACCCUGACGAUAAAAAGAGGUAAGCAAGAACCAAAGAUUAAUAAAAUGAUCAAGACUCCUUUAUCAAUCCAUUAGUACUUGAUAUCACUAAAUUAAUUUCCAUAAUGAUUAGAUUUGACAUGCUGAAAAUAAUGAAAAAAGAAGAAUUAUAUGUUAAUAUUGUACCUAAACUCAUUUCCCUUUUAGAAUAUGACAAAAAUAAUCUAUUAUAUUCAUAUAUACUUAAAUCAGUUAGAGAAUCAAAAAUAAAAAAAGCAACAGAAGGAAUCAAUUUAAAUGUUAUCGGAAAAGUAACUGCACAAUCUUAAUUUACAAAACUUGCUAAAGAUUUAGCAUUAUCUAUACUGGGAAUUCCACCAAAAUAAUAAGGUUCAUUAGAGGAUGAGUUUUCAGAUUAUGAUACAACUGUUAUUGCCAGAAAUCCAAUAGUUUCUAGUCUUAUCUCCAUUAUCACUUAUAUGGACACUCUUGGAGUCUAAGAGACAAACUCUAAAAAUUAGAAUUAACAACAAAUACAAAAUAACUUCGAAAUUGAAAUUUAAAAAGAAGUAUGUGGAAUUCUUUUAUACUUUUAAGAUCAAAGAUAAGAUUUUUAUGUCUCAAACUUUAUUUAGUUUUAUAAGAACUUCACAAAUAAGUUCCAAUAAUUUAGUUGGAAUAAUACAUUAUUAAAAGAUAAGCUUCUAAAAGACUUAGAGUCUGAAUUGGUGCAAGCUUUACCACCAUUUUUAAAGACUGGAAUUGAAGCCAUAGAUAAACAAGCUUAAACCAGCAUAGAGGCUAUAUAUAAAUCGAAUGAUAUGAACGAAUUAAUUGGAGUUGGAAAUCUACUGGCACAAUAAAAAAAAUUUUAGAUCUAAAAUCCAUAAUUAACUGAGACUAUGGAUCUGGAUAAAUUGACUUGUGGAGAAUCAUAAGCGGAACUCUAAUUAUUGCCUACCUUAAUUGUAACAUUUUUUGUUACAAAUGACUUUGGAUUGUAAAAUGAACUUAUUGAAUUAAUGAGAAGGUCCUUCUCCUAAGUCUCUGAAAUGAUGUAUCACUUAAAUAGAAUUGAAUUACUAUUUGAUAAGGUAGAGAUUGGUUGUUAUCAGUUUCUAGAAGUUUCAAUAUAAGAAUUAAAAGUAAUUACUGAAUGUUCUGAAGUUUGGUUGGUUGAUUUCUUAGCCUCUCCAUAAGGAGAAGUCAAAGAAAUCUAAAAGAUCCUAAAGAUAUUGGCAGAUUUGCAAUUAUUAUUGAAAUAAGGCACAUCUAUUGAUCAUAAAAGUAGAGUUAUUAAUGGAACUGAUUAAAUAUCAGUAUCUAGACAAAAAAUAUUUAACUUCUUGAAUGCCUAUGAACCUUUAUUGAAUUUUAUAAGAGAUACUCAAUAACAAUUAGUAAAGGUUUUGGAUGAUCCAUUUUAUUCAAUGGAGACUAAGAGCUAUGUUAUCCAACUACUGAAGGCAUUAUUUGCUUUACUAACAGAUUUUUGUGAUAAAAAUGAUGAAAAUUAAAAAAUUAUGCAUAAAAAUGCAAGUUUAUUUAUGGAUGAAUUAUAACACGACUAUGGAUAGAUGAAUUUGUUAAGUGCAAUUUAUAGAGAUAAUAAAUAAUUAUGUUAAAAAAUUGAUGAAAUUUUAUUAAAGAAAAUAAAAUCAUUUAUCUAUGCAUAUGGAAGGUAAGCAAGAUUUCUUCACCUAUAUAAAAAUAUAUAAACCUAUAAGAACAACCCAAUUAUUGAAGUAUAAACUAAAGUACUUCAAUUGUUUAUUCCAUAACACAUCAGCACAGAGGAUUAUACAGAUAUCAACGAAUUCUAUCUUUAUGGUGAAUUCAAAGCAAUUGAAGGUAGAAAAGUACUUGAAUUUACAUUUGACAGAUCCCAAGAAACUAAAUUGAGUGAUCAACCAUUUCUUUAUCAUAGUGAAAUACUUUAGGUUUUAUUAGCUACUAUUAUUGGUGAAGAGAGCUUUAAAAUAAACUCUCCUAAAUUAAAAAAAUUAUUUAAAUUACAUUAUUUGCUUGAAUUAUUAUUACAGCCAGAUGAUUUUUUAUCAGAUGAAGCAAACAUUUUGGAAGGGUUGAUUGAUGUUAAUCUGGAUAUGGUUAAUGGUAUAAAACACAUAAAGCCACAAAUUAUUGAAAUGGCAAAUCUAUUAUAUGUUAAUAAUAAGGUCACAGACUUAUAUUUAUUCAUCAAAGAAUAACAUAAAUUUACAGAAUUUUUUGCUUAAGAAAAAAGCAGAUUAGUUAAAAUACAAUCAUUGCAAGGGGAUUUUGAUUAAUACUUGUAAUACUUUUUUGAUUAUGUGAUUGUUUUGAUGAAAUAUUAUUCAAAAAAAGUCAUUACAAAAGAUUCAGGUUCAGAAUAUAGAGAAAGAUCAGAUUAUAUGGAAUUAAAAGAUAUAAUGAACAUCAUUUUAGGAAUGUGCAAUACAUUGAUUUAACAUAAGUUAAAAGUGAAUUAAUAUAAUAAUUUAGUAGAAUUUGUUCAUUCACUUGAUGAAUAGACUUUAACUGAUAAUGCAGGAUAAAUAUCUUAGUCACUCUAACAACAAGAAUUUGCGAAACCUUAAGUAGAGGAAGAAAAUUAAACUAUCUUUACUUAAAAAAAAAAGGAUUCACCAUUAAUUCACAAUGAUAAGGACGAAAAAUUCAAACGGACUAAUAAUAAAACUGAUAUUGAUUAACUAAAUUAAGAAAUUGUAGAUUGGAAUACAAAAAAAGCUUGGGAAAGAUUCUUAGAAGAAUGUUAAUAACUUUAAUCGACCAAAAAAACAUAAUCUAUUGAAAUGAGAAUCCUAAGUCAAACAUUUUAAGAGGUGCAUAAAUUUAUACCUGAUGCUAUGAUCAAAGAAUUAGGUUUGUAAAACUUUUGCUUUAAGGAUUUUCUAAAAAAAUUAAUUCGAUUUAUCGAAGUAGGUAUAAUUAAUAAAGCAAAUAAAUCGAAUUUAAUAUAUACAUUAUAACUUUUAGAAGAUAUUCUAGAUUCAAAAGAGGAUUUAGAAAAAAUUCAAAAUGAAUUUGACUCCUGCUAAGCCACAAGAAUGUUUUUAAAUUUAUUAGCUGACUUUUAGGUUUAUCCUUUUGAUGAUGAUCUAUUAAUAUAAUUAUUUAAAUUUGCUUUAAAGCUAAGUAAAAAUGGUAAUCAAAGAAUACAAACUACUGUAUUUAAUUAUUUUAGUAAUUUUGAAAAAUCUGAGAUGAUCUUUUUAAAAAUGAAUCAAAUUAUUUAUGAAGUAAUUAAUGAAAAUAAAAAAACAUAAUAAGUAUUGAUGUAAUAAAAAAGCUAAAAAGAUAAGGAUUAACAUUAAAAAUAACUUUAUUUGUCUAGUAUUUAAGAGUAAUAAAAUGAAGAUGAAUCUACUUCAAAAGAGGCUUAAGAAGCUAGAAGAAGUAAAAUGAGUAUAUUAAUCUAUUUGCUGAAAUACUUUUAAUUAAUAUGCGAAGGUCACAAUUUAUAAAUUUAAAACUAUCUCAGAUAGCAAUACAAUAGUAGAAACAAUUAUAAUAUUGUCCAAGCUAUGGUAGAAUUAUUAUGUGCUUUUGAAAAUGAUUUGUAAAGAGAUUCAUUUGAAGUGAUUAUGAACACAUUAGAAACAUUGACAGAACUUGUCUAAGGUCCUUGUUCACAAAAUCAAUAGGAUAUCAUUGAUUCGUUGUUUUUAGAUGUUGCAUCUAAUUAUUUAAAUAUGCAUAUUGAAUCGAAGAAAAAAAAAGAUUAGGAUGGGGUAUAAGAAAAAGAAGAACAUUCUAUUAGAGAAAGAUCAAAUUCAUUGCAGUCUAAAAGUACUGCAAAAGCAGGUGCUAAAGUUAAAACGAUUUAAAUUGAUAGAUGGAUGUUAGAAAGAUUAAAAUAUAAGUGCAUGGUUUUAGUAAGUUCUUUGUUGGAGUUAAACUCAGAUACUAAUGCUAUUAAACGAAUUUUAAGAUCCUUGCCAAUUAAUGUGCUCAAAAAGAAUUUAAUUAUAAUUUAUAAAAAGCAUUAAAAAAUGUACAAAAAAUUAGGAUACAAUAAGGAAUCAUUAGGACAUGUAAUUGUUUAUAUUCAAAUUUUAGCUUGAAGAGAAUCCUCAUGAUUCAACAAAGCCUCCUGAAUAUCAUGAACUUAUUUUAGAAACUGGAUUUUUAAUUUACUUUUUAAUAAAUCAUUAUGCAAAUUUGGAUACAAAAGAAAUCGAUCCAGCAACUAGAGAUGAACUUGAGGAAAUAAAAGAAAGUUAAAAAAAUUCUGACAAAGAAGAUCCUUGGGCUUAGUUAUAAAAUUCCCUUAUUGGUUAAUUGGCUAGCUUAGUGUUUUCUUUGGUUGGAGGUAUUUUAGAAAUGAUAAAUGAAUGGAGAGAAUAUGCUUAAUAAUAAUUAAUGAAAUAAUUUAAGGGUAAGGAAAGUGCUGAGGAGGAAGAAAAACGAAAGGCAGCAAAGAAAUUAGCAGCUCAAUAACUGUUUAAUGAUAGUAUUACUUUUUUUUAAAAAAAUUCUGCUACUGUUGAAGUUAUUAGGGAGUAGUAAAUAGAAAAAAUUAUUUUCUAUAAAUUAUCUUUUUGUAACUACUUGCCCUAAGAAACUAAAACUGAAUUUCAUGAAACUGUAGAUAGAGAUUCUACUAAUUCUAAAGUGAGUGCUUUAGUUGAAAAUAUGCCAAAUUUUAUGGAUGUUGCUAAACAUGAAGAAGAACUUACACAAUUUUUUAAUUAGAAUAAGUUUGUUGCUUUAUUUGCAAAAUAUGUUAUUUUGUGGAAAGAUUUAUGCUUUUUAUUGACUCUAGUUUUAAACGUAUUUAUCGUCCUUUCUUACUAUGAAGGAGAUUCUGAUGAUCCAGAUUAAAGAUUUUACGAUAGAUUAAACUCACCAAAAUUUUUAAAAAUGUUAUCUGUUGAGGAGACAAUGUCAAUUUUUCGAUAUUGUGGAAUUGGAAUGAUUGUUUGUUCGUGCUUUGUUGUUUCGUUUUUUAUUCUUAAGAAGGGACCACUAUAUGUUAAGGAAGCAUGGAAUCAAAGUAAGGAUUUAAUUAAAGAGGAUCAAAUUUGGAUUAUUAGGUUCUUUUUAAAGUUGUACAUGGUUGGUUUUUGUUUGGUUAAGGUUUUAUUGAACAUAGAUAUGAUCUAUUAUUUAGCCUAUGGCGUUUUGGCUUUCAUUGCAACUUUGGUUCAUCCGUUCUUUUUUGCUUUUCAUUUAAGUGAAGUGGUCUUAAGAUACCCAACACUUAGAAAUAUUAUAAAAUCAUUUUGGGAACCUAAAGUCGCUUUAGGUUUGACAUUCAUUUUAGUUUUGUUAAUGAAUUACUACUUCACUCUGAUGGCGUACUUAUUGUUUUAUGAUAUAUACACAAAUGGUAUGAUAAUCAUUAUAUUUAGGAAAAUGUGAUUCAUUAUUAGUGUGUUUCCUUUCAACGUUUGACUAUGCAUUUAAAAAUAAUGGAGGAAUAGGAGGUUGGUUUGAUGGAAAUUUUCCAUAAGACCCAGCAAAUUAUAGUUAUGGUAGAUUUUUCUUUGAUUAAUUGAAUAAUAUCCUUAUUCAGAUGAUUAGUAUUUAAAUAUUCUCUGGUAUUAUUAUUGAUACAUUUGGUGAAUUAAGAGAACAGUAAUUAGCUAAAGAAGAUGAUAAAGAAAAUAUUUGCUUUAUUUGUGGUCUUGACAGAGAAAUAUUUGAUAUGAAAUCUGAUGAUGGAUUUAAUAAACAUAUCAAAUAAAGCCAUUAUAUGUGGAAUUAUGUCUUUUAUAUGGCUUACAUGGAUAACAAAAAUAAAAGCGAAUAUAAUGGAAUAGAAACCUAUAUAGCAAAUAAAAGAAAAAAUUAAGAUAAUUCUUGGUUCCCAAUUGGAUAGUCAUUAGAACUUCAAGAAGAAUUAGAAGAUUAAUAAAUGAUUGAGGAAAGAAAAAUAUAAUCUUUAUAAUUAAGGGUAAAAAUCUAUAAUAUUUUAGAUUGAUGGAAUCAAAUAAUAGAGCGAAAAAGUACUCUAGAUCUUAAACGAUAUCUAAGAAUAAGUUGGUUAAUGAAUUAGUAUUAAUUAUAAUAUUUGAUAUUAAAG